UGCACACAACCAGUCAUACGCUAUUUGUACAUACCCAUACACAUCUACAUUGAAAGGAAAGGACAUGAACAUGGUUACAAAUUGUGCACUAUAUGCACACACAUUGUACGCACGUAUAUAUCAGCACAUAAAACUUAGAUAGAUAGCCUUGAAAACUGUUAAAAUGAUAAUCUGUACAACUUCAUUUAUGUAAUCGGACUAUCGUGUUUUAAUUUCACUCUACAAAAACAAAAAAUGCUGUUCUCAAUAAAACAAAUCCAAAUGAAAUAUACUUCUGUCCUUCUGUUUAUAUUGUUUAUCUAUGUCAACAAUGGAUCAACUCAACUCAAUCAACAUUUUCAAUUUCUAGCGCAAAAUGAUAAUCUGUAUGACAGAACAUAUGAUUAUUCUAAGGGUUUCACCGAUAAUCAUUUGACAUAUGAAUUGCAAUAUCCAAUACCAAUUUAUGAAACAUUAAUUCAAAAGAUUACUAUUUACAAAAAUGGUCUCUUAGCAUUGGAUAGUAUUUCUGAGGCUAACUUACCAUCAAACUACCCCACGAAUACAAGCAUUACCAAAAAGCGUUUACAAGAUUUUGAUGGUCGAUAUUUGAGCAUUUUCAGUUCGGUAAAUAACGGGAAUAGCGGGAAAAUCCAUGUUAGAGAAAUCGACUUACUGUCCACAAUGAAACUGUCAUGCGCUGAAAGAUUACAAAUUGACCGACUGACGAAAUUUAUUCAUCUGUCGUACGCGGAAGAAACCGAACUCAAAGCUCAAUAUAUCAUACACAUACUAUGGGAAAAUAUGACAAACAUACACUUAACUGAACAAAAGAGUAAUACCUAUGGAAUGAUAAUUGUCUCUAAUGGUGCGCAUUCCUACGCAUUUAUGCAAUAUGUCAACAUUGAAUGGAAUGAAAAUGACGUCAUUGAGGAUUUAGCUUUACCUCCAGAAUCGGGUAUAUUCAUGAGACCUUUGGGAGGUUAUCAAUUGCCUAGAAGUUCACAAGCUGUAGAACCAAGUAUCUGGUCGAAUGAAACAAACGUAGCUCUACAUGGUGAAUGGCUCGUUCCUUUGUACAAAUCAGAGAGUAUCGCAAAAACAAAUGUGUGGAAGUUAAAUGAAGCUGCCAAUGAAAUGAUUAUCUCAGUAAAUAGAGAAUGCAAUAAUUCACAGCUUCCAGUAGAUUUAAGUAAUCAUACAAAUUCCGAAACUAUUCUUAUCAAGAAUUUUGACUUCGAAAAUAAUACGGAAGAGAUGCUCACUAGAACACCUAGCUUUAGAAGAGGUCCAAGAGAUUUUGGAGGUUAUUAUUCAAACAUUUCAACCGAUGAGCAUUCCUAUGAAAUAUCUCCAGAUUCACCGAAAGCUACAUGGAGUAUACUUCAAGAGGAGAGUGAAUCAUCCGGCGUUGAUCCAGUUUCUGACAUGGAAAUAAAUAUUUAUACAGAAAAUCAAACUGAAAGCAGUAUCUAUAAUGAAAAUGAUCAGUAUGUAUCUACGAAUGACGAUUAUAUGCCACCAGAAACUAUCACAACACAGACAUACCAUGCCCUAGGUAAAUAUGAUGGAGAUGAACAAAGACGAGAAGUAGACGAACCUGUCAUCGUACCAGUUACAAUUCAUCCUUUAACAGAUGAUGAGGAUGAAGAUGAUAACAAUAAUACAGUUGAAUAUCGACGUCGAGAAGAAAUCAACUCAAGUGAUUUGGUCAAAUGUGAUGCUGUAACUGAGUGUAGUAGUCACAACACAGAAUGCUAUCGAGUUAAUAACUCCGCAUGCUGUCUUUGCAGUGAUGGCUUUUUCGGUGCUGGCAACUCUAAAUGUUGGUCUGAAGUUAAUGACCACAAAUUCUCAUUUUCUGGCUCACUAUCAGCACGCUUUGGUAGUGAAAAUAAUGCUUCACCAUUACUUGUCUAUUUGGACAGUCAACAUGGUUCUCUGAAACGUAGCUCUAGUGGAAUUCGUGGAGGUCGUAAUGACGAUCGGGUGUAUGCAACUAUACGUCUAAUAACACCAGUGUUCCAUAUUUUGAAUUCAAUGAUUUCUAGUCCUUGCGAUAAUAGUCAGAAAAGUGAACGCGUCUAUAACCUUUUUACAUUAGGAGAUGGAUUACAGCGCCCUUUCAAAAUAAUUUUCCAGUUUGAUAUUGAUGCAGUCGGCAAUCUCACUGUUCAAGCAACGGUGGAUCUGCGUGAUUUCUCGACUAGUUCAUACGCAAGUGGUGCAUUGGAUUUGGAGGCGUUCAGUGCACAGGGAAUAAAUCUACUAGAUCGGUCUUACAUAGAAGCUUACAGCGCUUCAGACAAACCAGAUAAAACCUACUAUACAGAUUACAGAAUUGAUGAGGGUGGACGCAUUGUAUUCUCAGAACAAACUGUAAAAUUUGUCGCUGAAAACCGUGAUUCAUCUGAUGGGAGCAGUUUCCCAGAAGAAAUCAGUGUACGAUGGUCUGCAGUUGCUGAAUCUGAAAGUUGUCUACUGAAACCUCUUAGUCCUGUGCCUAAAAACAAGUGGUAUUAUAUACGCCUGAAAGACCGUGGUUAUUGUAGUGAAGAUUGUUCUGCAUCAGAUGGGACAUGUAAUCUGUUUUGUGUAGAUGAACCAGUACUUAUGGCCACAGAACCAUCCCCUUGCGACUGUGUAACAUGUGAUCGUCAAGGUGAAGUAUGUCGCCCAGAAGGUACAUCAUAUAGAUGUGAAUGUGGUCAGGGUUUGAGACUGAUGCCUGAUAACACAUGCCAAGCGGCUUCAGUAGAAGACGUUCACGAUUAUCUUGGUGUACAGUGUGGUGCAGUCAACUGUCAUAGUCAGGCUCGUUGUAUUGAUCCAAAUCAAGCCUUCUGUCAAUGCUUACCUGGUUACAGAGGUGAUGGUGUUAGCCACUGUGAAAGCGAUCCAUGUUCCAAAUGUCGUCGUAAUGAAAUCUGUGAAAGUGGUGUUUGUAUACCAAGCGGCGUGGAUCUAUGUGAAGGUGUUCAGUGUGGAGAACAAGCAUUCUGUCAAGAUGGUGCAUGCGUUUGUACACCAGGCUACACAGGAGAUCCGGUUAUAAAGUGCUAUGAAGAGAGAGACCCGUGUACACUAGUACAAUGUCAUUACGAUGCCAACUGUCAUAAUGGUGUUUGUACGUGUAAAACCGGAUAUAUGGGUGAUGGUUAUCGAGAGUGUAGACCGAUAAAAAGUGAUUUGUGUGCUCGUAUUCAAUGUCAUCCAUAUGCGCAGUGCAAAGAUGGACAGUGUUAUUGUUCUCAUGGCUAUGUUGGUGAUGGGUAUUAUGACUGCCAUAUUAGAGAUCCCUGUUCGGGCGUCAAAUGCCAUGAUUACGGGGAGUGCAUAAGUGGAAGAUGUUACUGCAUGAAAGGAUUCGAAGGCGAUGGAUAUUAUGACUGUAGACAAACAGUUAAUGAUCUAUGUUCGAAUAUUCGGUGUCAUUCUUAUGGUUAUUGCCGGGAUGGACGUUGUUUAUGUGCGGAAGGUUUCGAAGGCGACGGUUAUUAUGAUUGCCAUAUAGCUAUUAACGACCCGUGUUCUGGUGUUAGAUGUCAUGAAAACGCCAAGUGCAUUCAAGGUGAAUGCCGUUGUAUGAGUGGUUAUCAAGGAGAUGGAAGACAUUACUGUGAUCCUGUUCAACAGGAUCCAUGUCGUAAUGUCCAAUGCCAUGAAUAUGCUGACUGUUACAAUGGUAAAUGUCAGUGUAUCCAAGGUUUUAUUGGAGAUGGUUAUUGGGAAUGUAAACGGGACCCAUGCAAAAAUGUUCGAUGCCACGAAAAUGCAGAAUGUAAUGAAAAAGGUGAAUGCCACUGUCGUUAUGGUUAUUCUGGUGAUGGAUAUUAUGAAUGCAAGUCUAAUUCACACGAACUGUGCGCAGGUGUUCAGUGUCAUCGUUUUGGACAGUGUUAUGAAAAUCGAUGCUAUUGCAGUCAUGGUUAUGUUGGUGAUGGCGUGAACUUUUGUGAUGCUCGCACAGAAGAUCCAUGUGAAGGAAUCCGUUGUGCUAACAAUGGACGCUGCCAGGAUGGUCAGUGUGUAUGCAAUCCUGGUUACGAAGGGGAUGGCUACAACGAAUGCAGGACAACGGAAGUGGAUUUAUGUGCAAAUAUUCGUUGUCAUCAGUACGCUAGAUGCGAUCGUGGACAGUGCCGUUGUAUGGAUGGUUAUGAGGGAGAUGGAUACUCAGAGUGUCGACAAGCCACAGAAGAUAAGUGCUCCCAAAUGAGAUGUCAUCCAGAUGCUCAGUGUACUGAUGGUUACUGUUUCUGUCCUUCUGGGUAUGAAGGAGACGGAUAUUACGAGUGUAGAAGAAAAACUGAAGAUCCAUGUGUCAGUGUCCAGUGUCAUGCAAAUGCUAGAUGUGAGAAUGGUUACUGUCACUGUAAUGAAGGUUACGAGGGUGAUGGAUACAGAGAGUGUAGACGUAAAACUAAUGCACCAGAAGAAUGUCGCGAAGAACAAUGUCACCAGUUUGCUAGGUGCUUCGAAGGCCGAUGUCGUUGUCUGGAUGGAUAUGAAGGAGAUGGUUACCAAGUGUGCAAUUUAAUACCUGGAGCAUCCCCAAGCUGUGGGACAUGUAACGGAGUACCUUUCAAAGAAAUUGCUCAGUGUGUAGCGGGACAGUGUGUUUGUGCACGUGGAUUUAUUAAAGUGAACCAAGGCGUAUGCAUGGAAUGUAUUCAAGACAACUGUCAUCGUGAUGCUCUCUGUCGACCAAAUGAUCAAUUCAAUGGUGCAUAUUCAUGCCACUGUAAACCUGGUUUCACUGGAGACGGCGUAUCUGUGUGCAAACCCGAAAGUGGAGGUGGCACAGAAAAUUAUCCACCUCCUUCAGUCGAUUCAACAUGUGGUGGAGGCUGUAGAAUAAGGAAUGCUGAAUGUGAUCGAUAUACAGGAAUGUGUAAAUGUCGAUCUGGUUAUGAUGGUGACGGAGAAAGAAGUUGCUACUGGAACUGUAAACUGUGUUUGCCUAAUGCAAUAUGUGAUCGUGAAAAUGAAAGGUGCAUUUGUCCGUCUGGUUAUCGCGGAGAUGGACAGUCAUUUUGCGAACAGAUUCCAGUUCGUGAAGAUUCUUUAAAAGUGAGAAUUAUCGGCGAAGGAGAAGUAAUGCAUAUAACGGAUGUAUCUCACCCGCUUGAAUUAAGAUGUUACGUAACUGGUAGUGAUCAAUCAUAUUCUGGCCAGUGGAUACAACCACACUCUGCUCAAGAGCCAUCAGUAACUAGAUCUAGGCAAAUAAAUGGAUAUGAACUUCUACUACGUAUAGACCAACCUGCAUUAACUGAUAGUGGAAGAUAUGAAUGUCGUGCUGGUAAUGUUCGUGCAUUUAUUGACGUAAAUAUAGAAGAAUCAGCAAUUCCAUUCAACGUACUGCUUACUAGUGAUGAUGGCAUUUUAAUGACGCAGUCUACUGAUUCUAAUGUAACAAAAGCCACAUUAUGGAAUAUUGCUGAAAACAAUAAAUACGGACCUGUUUCUAUGGUAGCUGAUUGCAACAGCCAACGAAUUAUUUAUACAUCUGAUUAUGGUCAUGCUAUUCGAUGGGGCAACGCGAAUUCUGGUCAGCAACAAUUAACCAUAAAAGAAAUAUAUAAUUCACAAUUUAGUCGAUUUCGUAAUUUAGCCGUAGAUCCACUUUCAGGAAAUGUAUUUGCCUGGGAUGAAGCAAAUGGAAAAAUUGUUGUUUUCAAUCCAACCAAACCAAAUAUUGGCUAUACGCUUGAAAAUUUACAUAGUUUAACAUCCUCAGUGCCUCAGAAUUUCGCAGGACUAGCUAUACAUCCUACGCUAGGUUUAAUGUAUUGGGCAAUAUAUACAGAUGGUUGGCGACCAAAUGGGACAAUACAAGUAGCUUCAAUGUCAGGUGAAAAUGAAGAACAAUUGUUACAAUUAACUGGUGAACCAUUAGCCAUAAGUAUAUCUCCAUCAACACCGGUGAAUGGUAAUUCAGCAGGAAAAUUGUGUUGGAUGCAAAGAUCAACAAAAGGAAUGUAUGGAUUAGUCACUGAAUUACAUUGUGCACGACUAGGUCAAACAGGCAGAGAAAUAUUAACUAAUGAAAGACUAAGGGAGUUUAAUCCCUCUGAAGAACCAUCAUUCGGCAUGACCCAGCAUAAAGGAACACUGUUAUGGACAGAUGCAACAAGAACGGUGUUUUACUCUAUUAAUCCUGACCGUCGAAUACGUGUUCGUUAUGUGUGCUGUUCCAAUCGUUUCCAAGCUUUAGCAGUAUUAGGCGAAUGUCCUCAAGGUAAUUAAAAAUGCAUUCACUUGACGGUUUCAAAUUUACUGCCUCAAAAAUAAUGUAUUUUUAUUCCUUAAAAAGUAUUUUUUUAUUCGUAAAUAAGACCUGUCCAACAUACGAUCCUGAACAGCCAAUCAGGACGCAAGAUCAUGAAAAGACGAUUAAAAAAGAAUGAAACAUUCAUACACAAAAAAUUUUUAUAAACAUCUACAGCAGUUGUACUGCAAUUUAUCAGUAUGAAGACUAAAUCAAAUUUCCUAUAUGAAUUCAUUACAGUGGCUAUAAAGUAAAUCAAUCUAUGUAUAGCUCGGAGUCUUUCGAAUGUGACCGAAGUAUUAUUCUAGAAUUUCAAUGCAUUUUAACUACUGGGUCAACAUAUUUCUGAGGAUAACUUAUUCAACAAUGAACCUACAGUUAAGUACUUCAUUUUCUAUAUUUAGACAGUUGGUCCGUAUAAAUAGUAUUUGCAAGUAACAAUAAACACUAUUAGUCACAUUAACACAUUUGAACACCUAUUUCCAUAAAUCACAUUCGUAACCUGAUAUUGAAUGGUUUAAACAUUCAAAAAUAACUAGCUGUUAAAAAAAUUUGACUUAUAUCCUGCUACUUUAGAUUUUUAACCAUAUGCAUUAUCAUACUGAAGCCACUUCAACUAAUCCAUGCAGUUAUUCUAAUGGACGUUGUCGUUACAUAUGUUUACCUAAUGAUGGUGGAAGAUCACGUACUUGUGUAUGCCCAGAUAAUGAACCUGGAUGUCAUAGAGAAAUGUGAAAUAUACCACUCUCAUAUUAUUAACAACAAAAAACCAUUUGAUCCCAGUUGAUAUUUUAACUUGUUGGUUUUGUUAUUCAUUCAUGUUUCUGUUGUUCCUGAUGCUGACACUCAGUUAUUUUCUUUGCCCAUCAGUUAUUCUUGAUUUCUUAGGGUAGUAAACUAUUGGACUUAUUUUACUGCCUGAAUCAAUACUUUGUGUUACUCUCUUGAGUUAAAAAAAUGAUAACUCAGUCUCCACUUGAAUCUAAAACAAUACCUACAAAAAGACUUACUUUCAAAUUUUCAUCUUAAAAAUUAAUUUAUAACAGGUGCAUGUCAGUGUAUUUAAACACAUCAAUAUUGAAAGGGUUACAGAAUGACUAAUUGUUUUAUAUGUACCAUUUUACAAGAGUAAUUCUACUCUUUUACUAAUCGCAACUUUGACAACCGACUAUACCUAAUAUUAUAAAUUGGAUAUUUCUUUUAGGAUUAGUAUUUCGUGAAUUGUUGACUUUUGGAUUUACCAUUGUUUAAUAAAUUAUGUUCGAUGUUCAAGUAUUAUUCACUUACAUUAAGAAAUACCAGUUAAUAUCCUAUAAUGAAGACAAAAAGAUAUCCGUUAGCAUAGCUGAGAUGACAGAGGAUGUCUUCGAACUCAUUAUUAUUAUUCCCUUGCAUUCCGAGUGGA